AUGCCACGCGCAAAGGAGGACGGUCAGAAGAAGCAGCCUGCGGUACCCCGGCCCAGUUCCAGUGUACUACUUGUCUCUUCAAAGAACGAGAUCCUUCUACUUCAUCGUGUCCAGACAUCUAGCUCUUUCGCCUCUGCCCAUGUCUUCCCAGGCGGCAACCUAUCCAGCCAAGAUGGGCCAUGUCCACCACCCGAAGACCUAGCAAGGCACGACGAUUCACCUAGCUACAGACACGCAGCGAUCAGGGAGCUCUUUGAAGAGAGUGGAAUCCUUCUCGCCGUUGAUCGGACCUCUGGGAAAAUGCUCGCCGUUGACGAGCCCACCCGAGAAGCUGGCCGACGACUAAUCCAUCAGAAUAAGGUCACAUUUGACGAGUGGCUUAAGCAACAGAAUGCUAACGCUGAGCCUGAUCUAGAUCAAUUAAUCCCGUUCACGCGUUGGGUUACACCAACCAAUGUUCCUAAGCGAUACACCACUCAGAUGUAUCUCUAUUUCUUGCCAUUACCCGUAAACGUGGACAAGAAGCUCCUCGCCGAACUGCCCGCAGAGGGUGAACGCGAUGAGCUCGAGAUACCAACUAGCGAUGGCGGCAUUGAAGUUACAGAGGCGCAGUUCCUUCCAGCAUCGGAGUGGAUUAGCCUUGCGCAAAAAGCAGAAAUCAUUCUCUUCCCGCCACAGUUUCUUCUCCUGCAUCUGGUAUCAGGGUUCCUGGACAAGGAGCCUCGAGUAGAUGCUUCUCUGGAAGAUAUGGAGAAUCGCCGUCAAGCGCUCGUCGAAUUUGUACAUUCAGGGUCUCCACCAUGGACGCAGAAGUGUAUAUCUCCGAAGAUGAUGCAAAUGACUAGUGAUGGGAGGGCUGUCUUGGCCCUUGAUGAACCUGGACCUGAAUUGAAAGGGUCAGACAAGCGAGGUGAAUCUGAUAGAGUUGUUCUUGUGCGGUUCAAGAAGGGCAGUGCGAGAGAAGUGGCUAUUGGGUGGAAGAAGGAAAUUCUCCAGGAAGAACGGGAAAAGAGUCAUCUUUAG